AUGGUGGUCAACGAGACGAGGAGGAGAAUGCUACGGCAGCUGAACAGCCGGUACAUCUACGGGAAAUAUCCGCUUCUCCAUGCGAUCGUCUUCAUCAUCCAACUCACGAUGGUCACGGUGUUAGUGCGGAAGUUCAACGGCUACUAUGCCAACCGGCCGGUCCUUACGACCAUGAUCACCAACGCCGUCCUCGGAGGCAUAGCAGACACCGUCGCCCAAACCCUCACAGCACUGCGCAUGCGGCAACGGCAGAAAAAGCUCAACCCUGACUACGGCAAGGACGACUUCUUCUCCAUUGAGAUCAGUGAACUAGACAAAAAGGUGCCAUGGCCGGAGGACGACUUCAUGACACCGGCGUCGAAGCGAGGGCCGCCGCCGUUCGACUUUGAGCGCUUGACAAGGUUUAUGGCAUAUGGUUUUAUGAUGGCGCCUGUUCAGCACAAGUGGUUCGGCUUUCUCGAGCACAUGCUGCCGAUUGGAGGUGGCAAGGCGACGUCGAAUGCGUUGAGGAGGGUUGCGUUCGAUCAGUUGAUCUUUGCGCCGUGCGGUCUUGCAUGCUUCUUCACGUUCAUGACAGUAGCAGAAGGCGGAGGCAAACGAGCGGUAAUGCGCAAGUUCCAGGAUGUCUACCUGCCGGCGCUCAAGGCCAAUUUUAUGGUCUGGCCGUUGGUGCAAAUGCUCAACUUCCGCAUCAUACCUAUACAGUUCCAGAUUCCCUUUGUCAGCACGAUUGGUAUUGCAUGGACGGCAUACCUCUCGAUGAGCAAUGCCUCCGACGAACCGGUGGUGACGUCGAACGACAACUCGCCCUAA